GUUUUUUCCACUCAAAAUUCUAUCUUUAUAGUUUUAUACUUCCAAAAAAAGCUUAGAUAUUAGGAUUCUUUUCUGCUACAGAACAACUCCCUUGGUAGAACCAAAAAGACCAGUGUUUACUUUUCAUUGAAAGAAUGGAACCCACUUGCUAUACCAGCAGAUGCAGAAUUUAAGGAGGAUGUCUAUCUUUAUUCUCCUUAGCAACUGAGAGUCUGCUCUGGGAACCAUCGGGCACCAUGGGGAAGCGAGAUAAUCGGGUGGCAUAUAUGAAUCCUAUAGCGAUGGCCAGAUGGAGGGGCCCAACUCAAUCUGCAGGUCCAACAAUACAAGAUUAUCUGAAUCGACCAAGGCCCACAUGGGAAGAAGUGAAGAAACAAUUAGAAAAUAAAAAGAAAGGCUCCAAGGCGUUAGCUGAAUUUGAAGAAAAAAUGAACGAGAAUUGGAAGAAAGAACUAGAAGAAAGCAGAGAGAAAUUAUUAAGUGGAAAUGAGAGUUCAUCCAAAAAAAGAGAGAGAAAGAAAAAGAAAAAGAAGAAGUCUUCUCGGUCUUCGUCAUCUUCUUCAUCAAGCUCUGAUUCUUCAAGCAGUUCUUCAGAUUCUGAAGAUGAGGAAAAGAAACAAGGUAAAAAGAGAAAGAAAAAGAAGAAUCGUUCACACAAAUCAUCACAAAGCUCUACAUAUGAAUCUGAGUCAGAGAGCAAGGAAUAUGUAAAAAAGAAAAAGAAGUCACAAGAUGAAACAGAGAAAGAAAAGGAUGUCAGAAGUCUCAGCAAAAAAAGAAAGAAGACUUAUCCUGAGGAUAAACCUUUAUCAUCGGAGUCCUCAUCAGAAUCAGAUUAUAAAGAGGAGGUACAAGCAAAAAAGAAGAGAAGAUGUGAAGAGCAAGAAAAAGCAAUGGAAAAAGCAAAGAAGAAGAAAAAAAAACAGCACAAGAAACAUAGUAAGAAGAAGAAAAAGAAGUCAGGUUCAAGUCACAAGUCGGAAUAAUAUUAAGAUAAAAAGCAAGAUUUUCCUAUUAAAAAAAGGAAGAUCUAAAGAAAAUUUCAACUGUGAAUGUUAGGGCGUAUUUACCAAAAUGUAUGAAUUUCCCUGUGUUAGUAGAAUUAUUCCUCGAGUUUGAGUUGCCAGUCAAAUGCCACUGUGCCAGCAAGGGCCAUAAUUGUUGCCUGCAGCUUAAGUAUAGGAUUUUGUCUGUGUGUUUUUUUCUUCCAGUGAUUUAUUCCUCUGAGA